AUUUUUGCUCAACACCUUCUGGAUAUUAAAAUAUCCUUGGGCUGGUGUGUGUAUAUUUGAUUAUUCUAUAUUUCUUUCACGGUUUAAUUUGCAUCGUAUAUGCGUUUUCAAUUGUGGCUAGUCUGAAAAAUUGUAAAAAUCAAACCUGGCAACCUUUGCGUUUGAGGAGGCGGAAUGUUCAUAUGGCAUCUGGUAACAUCUGGAUAUAUUUAUUAACGUUGCUGCUUACUUCGAAAAGUCCUCACGAGCUGAACUGUAGAUCCAGUAUGUCUUUCAUUAAAGUAGAUGAAAACUCUGACUUUUCUUUCCACAACCUCCCUUACGGAGUUUUCUCAACCCUGGACAAUGCUCGGCGGAGAGUCGGAGUUGCUAUUGGAGAUCAGAUCCUGGACUUGAGCGUCAUUAAACAUCUCUUCACUGGACCAGAACUCUCUCAGCACCAGCAUGUUUUUGAUCAGCCUUCUCUUAAUGCGUUCAUGGCCCUGGGUUCGGGUGCAUGGAGAGAGACUCGCGCGCUCUUACAGACACUGCUGCGCGCGGACGUGCCGACACUGAAAGACAAUCACGACCUCAGGGGCAGAGCUUUUGUUGAUCAGAGCACGGCAAUGAUGCAUCUUCCUGCUGAGAUUGGUGAUUACACUGACUUCUACUCAUCCAGAGACCAUGCCACUAAUGUUGGGAUCAUGUUCCGGGGCAAAGAGAACGCACUGAUGCCAAACUGGUUAAAGCUGCCGGUUGGCUAUCAUGGCAGAGCUUCGUCUGUGGUUGUCUCAGGAACACCAAUCAGAAGACCUCAAGGCCAGAUGAGGCCAGACCCAGCCAAGCCGCCGGUGUUUGGGCCAUCAAAGCAGCUAGACAUUGAGCUGGAAAUGGCUUUCUUUGUGGGUCCUGGGAACAAACUGGGAGAGCCGAUUCCUAUAGACAAAGCACAUGAACACAUCUUUGGUAUGGUGCUGAUGAACGACUGGAGUGCGAGAGAUAUCCAAGCAUGGGAGUAUGUGCCAUUAGGUCCUUUUCUGGGGAAAAAUUUUGGGACCACCAUCUCACCCUGGGUUGUUCCUAUGGAGGCUCUGCUGCCCUUUGUGGAGCCUAACACAGUGCAGGACCCAGAGCCACUACCGUACCUUUGCCAACCGGACCCAUACACAUUCAACAUUAACCUCUUUGUCUCCAUUAAAGGUGAGGGCAUGAGUGAGGCAGCCACCAUCUGCAAGUCUAACUUUAAGUACAUGUACUGGACCAUGAAGCAGCAGUUAGCGCAUCACACGGUGAACGGCUGUAACGUCAGACCUGGAGACCUGCUGGCAUCAGGCACCAUAAGCGGACCGGAUCCGGCAAGCUUUGGCUCAAUGUUGGAACUUUCAUGGAGAGGGUCAAAGGUCAUUGAUCUGGGCGGAGGAGAGACGAGGACAUUCCUUAAGGACGGAGAUGAGGUCAUGCUCACAGGCUACUGUGAGGGUCAAGGAUACCGUGUUGGUUUCGGAUUAUGCCAGGGGAAGAUCAUUCCUGCCCUACAGCAGUGAUUUCACAUUCUUCUCCUUCCCUCCCAAAACUAGCUGGGAUCUUUACGCACCACAUAAUGCCUUAUCAGUCAUGUAUAAUUAUUCAUGACCUUUUCACUGACAACUAAUGAAGUACAUGAAGCUGUUUUUAUUAGCUCAUUGGAGUUUCACUUAGCCAAAGUUCUUCUCUGGGCAGAAAGGAUUAUGAUUGAUCGUGUGUGACAGCCAGGGAAAUGGAAAGAGAUUGGAUUAGGAGCAUUGACUUUUGUUUAAUUAUAGGAGCAUGACCAGAAGCAUUCCAUUUUAUCUUUUUUUUUUUUUUUUUUUUUAAGGGAAAAAAUACAUAAGCAAAAUGUGAUAUUAAUUGAUUUUUGUUUAUUACAGAAAAUCCAGAAAGGCAAAUUCAUAUCUAUGAACCAGUGUAAAAUUGAAUUAAGUUUUGAGUCUGUUAAAGUGUUAGUGUUUCAGGUGUGGACCUUUGCUUUAAUUAGUUCAGUAAGUAAUUAAUUAGAGAGUAAAAUUAAAGGUUAAAGAGUUUGUUAUGGGAAAUGCGGUACAACCUAUUUUUUUCAACAUUUAAUUAAAGAAAAAAGUAAGCUCCAGUUUGCUUUAUAGCUAAAUAUUAUUCUGCAGGAACUAACAGAAGGUUUUAUGUCUUGAGAGCAAUAACACUUUCUCCAUUUCAGCAGGUUGUAAUUGAAGCUAAAAGCUUUUUGAUUAAUAAUUGAUAGCAGAGCACAGAGUCUAACACCUCUGUGUUUUUUCUUAGUUUCACCAUGUAACAAUAAAGACCCAGAUAAUAUCACAUAAAUGUGUGCAAAUUACAUCUCAGUCACACCGCAACAACCUCAACUGCAAAUUAGGAAGAUGUCAAGACAGCUUUCUUUUAAUAAUUAUUUGCUUUUUUCAGUUAGUCUAAUGUGUCAUUUAAAUCGCAGUAUUGUGAGACAGUAUUAUAGUUCUGGGGCUUAGCUUUUUAAUCUCCACACUCUCACCCAUUGAUCAGUAAAUUUGGUUCAUGCUCUUGAUUGAUUAAUAACGACUCAGCUUGUCUUUUGAAACAGGUAGUUGGUCAGACCUAUCUGGAUUUUUUCAGCAUGGCAGGAACACAAAUAUAUGCAAUAAAUAUUCCAUGUUGUGCAACACGUUGGCUAAAUGUGCAUGUGCUCUCUGGUUAUACCUUUUCUGCCUUUAGGAAAAGUUUGAUUAAGUAAAACUCCAGAGUUUUUCAAAAUAGUCUCUCAUGCAUACGUUCUUUAAAGAUUUACUUUUGCAAAGGAAUUACAUGUCUCUCAAUGUGAAGUCUAAUUGCCAAAGACAGUGUUUUGUUUAUUUCUUUUUGUUACGCACAAACUAGUAAUUAAAGUUACUGAUGCCUGUUAA